AAGCGGCUUUUACCGACGAGGAAGCGGAUGCGGAAGUUAGUUGGUUCCGGGAGUUGGGACAUGGAGUCCGGGCAGCUGCCGGUGUGGCGCGGCCUGGGGCUGCUGGGGAGAGGCGUGGAGGGCCCCGCGCUCGGGCCCGGCGGUUGCGAGCGGCGGCUGCUCUGGGUCGCGUCAUUGCUGUGCGUCUUGCUGGAUUUGCAGUUGCCAGGUUUGCUGGCUGCUGGACAAGCCGAAAUUGAAAACCACCUGGAAAUGGGCCGGAAGCUUUUGGCUGCUGGGCAGCUGGCUGAGGCGCUGUCACACUACCACUCAGCAGUGGAAAGUGAUCCCAAGAACUAUCUUACUUACUACAAACGGGCAACCGUCUAUUUGGCCAUGGGCAAAUUCAAGUCAGCGCUACCAGAUCUCUCCAAGGCUAUUGAGCUCAAGCCGGAUUUCCUGGCUGCGCGACUGCAGCGAGGCAACAUCCUCCUGAAGCAAGGCAGUACGCAAGAGGCCAAGCAGGACUUUGAAGCUGUGCUCCAGAGCAAUCCAGAUAACACAGAGGCGCAAAGCCAGCUUGCACGAGUCAACGAGCUGGAGUUUUCCAUGCAAGAGGCCCGGACUGCCUUCCAGAGGAAAAAUUACCUAGGAGCCAUCAGUAUUCUGGAUCAAGCAAUUGAGGUUUCUCCCUGGGACCCGGAAGCCAAGGAGAUGCGCUCCGAGUGCCACUUGUUCCUCGGCAACUACAACAAAGCCAUCCUCGACUUGAAACCCACCACCAAGCUGCGGAACGACAACCGGGGGGCUUUCCUGAAGCUCAGCAAGCUCUACUACGCCCUGGGGGAACACGAAGAAUCCUUGAACCAAGUGCGAGAGUGCUUGAAGCUGGACCAGGACGACAAAGACUGCUUCUCCCACUACAAGCAAGUGAAGAAGCUCUCCAAGCAGCUAGAGGCAGCUGAGGAACACGUCAAAGCUCAGAGGUACGAAGAAGCCAUUGAGAAAUACAAAGCAGCGGUCAAAACGGAGCCCAACGUGGCAAUCUAUACCACCAAGGCAAAAGGGCACAUCUGCCACUGUUUAAGCAAGAGCAAACAGCCUCACGAAGCCAUCGACGUCUGCACGGAAGCCCACCACCUUGACCCCAGGAACGUCUUCAUCCUGCGGGACAGAGCUGAGGCGUACAUCCUGAACGAGGAAUUCGAGAAAGCUAUUGAAGAUUACCAGGAAGCCAAAGAAUUCGACGCGGAAAACGAAGAGUUGAAAGAAGGGCUGGAGAGGGCACAGAAGUUGCUGAAGCAGUCCAAGAAACGAGACUACUACAAGAUCUUGGGGAUACGAAGGAACGCAAACAAGCAGGAAAUCAUCAAGGCCUACCGGAAACUAGCUCAGCAGUGGCACCCUGACAACUUCCAGUCAGAAGACGAGAAAAAGGCAGCAGAGAAGAAGUUUAUAGACAUCGCAGCGGCAAAAGAGGUCCUGACGGAUUCAGAAAUGCGGCAGAAGUUCGACUCCGGCGAGGACCCUCUGGACCCGGAAAACCAGCAGGGAGGGGCCGGCCACCAGCACCACUGGCCCUUUGAGUUCAACCCGUUCGGCUCCGGGAACUUCCACUUCAAAUUUCACUUCAAUUAACUGGGCCGAGUCUGGGAGACAGAACUGUGGCUGGCCGGCGGACGCGCGACCCCUCGGCUUCGCUCCCCCCAAGACUGAGACCGCAGGAGUUACCACUCCAUCGUGGGAGGGCGAAGCUUGGAGGGGCAUUCCUGCUAGAGUCAAAACACCCCUGUUUCAGAUGUCCUGGAGCUCUUUGCCCGAGGGCUGAAGUCUGAAUAAAGACGAUGACUUUGUUUCUAGUGACGUUGCCUGGCCUGCUAGUGUCAGUGGGACGUCCCAUGCAUGCAGAGCUGACUGGAAUCCCUACCGUCCAAGGCGAACCUCAAAACAGAUAAAUUCAAUUGACCUGGUCGGGAUAUAAUUUCCCAGCGGCCGGGCUAAGCUAUGUGUAUUUUUAAGGCAGCGACGCAAAGUUCUCUGCCUCCCACCGGCCAGCUGUCGAGAAACCUUCGCCGGCACCUGAGCUUUGUAGCUUUUCUCUACCGCACCUUGGUUUGAAGAAACCCUUUUUUUUUAAAAAAAAAAGUGCCAUUUGUCGUCCUGUCCGGUUGUUGUUCUCAUAUACCCGUAGGAGAAAGUCCACGUAGGGUGGUACGACAGGUAAGAUAUUCCCUACAGCGAUUGAGAUCAGAAGGCUGCUCUGAGCCCGGAAACCGUAUCCUCUUCCGUUACGGCACGUUCUGUGUCGCUUUCUUUUGGCGCGGCUGUCCUGCGACUAUCAUCUUUUUUUGUGGGGAUAGAACACCCCCACCCCCGUUUUGUUAACCUGUCUUGUCCUGUGGUAAAAACGGUUAUCACAAACGGGGAAGACUCUGGUAUUAUGUACUGACUGUGCGUUCUUAAUCCUGCAGUUAUGAGCGGGGCCCCAAUUCUGAACUUUCGGGGUUUAAUUCACUCUUUUUCCCCACCACGACCGCUUCAAGUGUGACGUUGCAACAGAAUCGAGACCCCUCUGUCGUUCGGUUCCGAUUUAGUUUCCAACUUGGUUUUCUCCCUUCCGCUCUGGGGAAGGGAGACGCGCUCUGCUCUUCCCCCACCCCCUCCAAAUACAGUAGUUAAAACGUGGUCCAUUUCAGUCACCACCCCAGGAGCGAAGCAGAAAUGUUACAGAGGGGCAUAACCGCUACCUUUACUGAAAGUGUCAAGAUUAAAAGUUUGUAUUGCAAA